GCGACCAUAAGAGAGAACAGCCUUUCUUCCGCCCAACGGGCUGCCGAUUGCUUCAUCGAAAUUCUUUUGGCACUUGCUCUAGAUAUUAUCUCCCUUUGCGGACGUCUCUACCUCGCACUUCAUUGUCCGGCGUUUUUUGUCUUUGGGAUCUCGAAACUUUUUUUCCAAGGUAUCUUUUUCUUGUCCCCCUCGCGCUGUCUAAGGUGGACUUGGUGCAAACGAAGGGAACACGUCGCUUAAACCUCGUAUAUGUUCACGCGAGAUUGCGUUUUGACUUGCCAUCAUUCUUGGCGGAAUCCGGCGAUUGCGCUUUUUUUUCGUAGCAGCUGGCGGUUUUAACGCUUCAAGAUGUCAGGGAAAGGUCCGGCACAGAAAUCUCAGGCGGCGAAGAAGACCGCCGGGAAGUCUCUGGGACCCCGCUACCGUCGACGAAAGAGAACCGAGUCUUUUGCUCUGUACAUUUACAAGGUCCUCAAGCAGGUGCACCCUGAGACUGGUGUGUCGAAGAAGAGCAUGAGUAUCAUGAACUCGUUCAUCAAUGACAUCUUUGAUCGCUUGGCUGAUGAAGCAGUUCGUUUGAUCCGUUACAAUAAAAAGAGGACGUUGUCUUCUCGGGAAAUUCAGACAGCUGUCCGUCUGCUGUUGCCCGGUGAACUCAGCAAGCACGCCGUCUCGGAAGGCACGAAGGCAGUGACCAAGUACACGACUUCUGGUGCAUAGUGGAAUAAACCACGGGGUGAAAUUUGAUGUUGAGAGGGAAUUCAUCUUCUAAAAAAGAAAUGGCAUGUGUAAUCCGAGGACGAGUCAAGGGGAUGCUUGUUAUAAUCUAGUGCUCAUUAUAACGCGUGCACACCAUCCCCAUCGGCAUUCUGCCGCUUCCCAUGUGCGUAUCUUUUCAGUUGUUUUGCAGUUCAUACAACGCUGGAUGCUGUGUAUGCCGUAAUUUUCUGACAGACUGUUUCUUCGAAGUGGAAUCGCUCUCGCACGCCACGCUUUCCGUAGCAGCGUGUCAGUCGGACCACAAGAAUGAACGGGGUUCGUGAGGUCGCCAUGAACCGGAAAACGAACCUGAUUAAUUUGUUCGUGUGUCUUCCAUAGUUUCGCUCCAGAAAAUAUCUC